AUGUCGUCUAUGCCUCCCGAAGGCGGCAGAAAGGCUCCUACCCGUCGACAGCAGCAUCGGACCACCGAUGUGCUGGAGAAGGACGACAUCGAGCAGCGGUUGGAGAAGGCCCUGUUCGGGGACGAGGCUGGCUUCCUAGACUCGCUCUCUGCUGCAAGACACGAGGAAGGCAAAGCCCUGCAACUUUAUGUGAGCGGCAGUGAGUUAGACAGUGCGAGCGAGCAAGACGAGGACCUCGGCGACGUCCCAGACGAAGAUCUUUUCUUUUUAGAUGCAGGCACUGACACUCUACCCGCUGCGAUCUCUGAGCAGCUCGAUCGUACUGGAGAGGAAGAAUCGUCUGGAGCCUCACCCGCAGCCUGGUAUGACAGUGACGACGAUCGGCUUACGAUCUCUCUUGCGACGCACACCCGCCUGCGAAAGCUCCGCGAUACGGAAGCCGACGAUGUGAUCACAGGAAGAGAGUAUGGUCAACGCCUACGCAGACAAUACGAGAGGCUCCAUCCCGCACCGGAAUGGCUCAGCUAUGCUCGUAGAAAGCGUCGUAUGUCGAACGGUGCUUCGCACGCAGAGUCCGACUCCGAUGUGUCUAUGGACGAGUCGGAUUCACUUCCUCCUGUGAAGCCCCUCGCCGAGCUUCUCCGCUCAGUCGGAUCCCUCACUCGUACAUCUAACAACACUCAUGAUCGAAAGCGGCGCAAGCUUAGGUCUGAAGUCAUUGAUGUCCAACGAACGAAGGAUGUAACGCCAGCGGGGCCCUCGUCCAUCGACACUCUCGAGUUUCAUUCCGAGUACCCGCUUCUACUUGCCGGAGGCCCCUGUCAGACAUUGACACUCUACCACGUUUCGCCUCAGCCUCCAAACCCCAAUCCAGUGCUGACUUCACUCCACGUGAAGGGCAGCCCGCUCCACACAGCGUCUUUCUGUACGCCAGCGGAACCAUCUGAUGAAGUCGACGAGACACGUGUCUUCUUCUCUUCACGACGACGAUACUUUCAUACGUGGUCACUUUCUGCUGGUACAGUCGCCAAAGUCACUAGGCCUCUCUCCACCUUCAAACAUGACCAGAGAACCACCGAACACUUCAAGCUCUCACCAUGUGGUCGCUACAUGGGUUUGAUAUCCUCCAGCAAGAAGGGCGGUGGAAGCAUCAACGUACUGUCCACGACGUCGAUGCAAUUGGUCUGUUCAUGCCGAGUAGAUGCUCAAGGUGGUGUCUCCGACUUCGACUGGUGGCGAGAUGGAGAGGGUUUCGCUGUCGUUGCCAAGAAUGGCGAGGUCUCCGAGUACAGUGUCGCCGAGAAACGUAUCAUAGAAAGAUGGUGGGAUGAAGGCAGUGUCGGGACCACUGUCAUAUCAAUCGGCGGCGAAGACUCGAGGUGGAUAGCUAUCGGCUCAUCGUCCGGUAUCGUCAAUAUCUACGACCGCAAGUCCCCUGCCUUCUCCUCCAUGUUGGCUGCUGAACCCACCGAUGCUCAUCCCAAGGUUACCUCAAAUCAAAAUCGGCCUUCUCCAGCUCGCAGCUUGGAUCAGUUGACAACACCAAUUUCUCAUCUGGUCUUUUCGCCAGAUGGCCAGAUGCUUGCCAUGGCCUCACGAUGGAAGAAAGACGCGCUGAGACUUGUGCAUCUGCCAUCUUGCACCGUUUAUAGGAAUUGGCCAACGGAUAAAACACCACUGGGAAGAGUAUCUAGUCUCGCACUAGGUGGCCGAAACGGCGAAUGGCUGGCAGUUGGCAAUGAGCAGGGUGGCAUACGGCUGUGGGAGAUUAGGGAUUAA